UGCUAUGCGCUGAUUCCCCGCAGACCCGCCCGCUCGGAGCUCAGUCAUCUGAAUGUGUGUAUGAGAGUGUGAGUGUGUGUGAGCGCGAGAGAGAGAGCUUUCAGCAUUAGGGCCGAACACUGAGGUGUCAGCGCAUCCGGACACAGGACAGCCAUGGCCCUGCUCGAUCUAGCCCUGCAAGGCUUCUCCAUCUUCGGAUUUCUCUUGUUUAUCGUCCUCUGGCUCAUGCACCUCGUGUCCAUCAUCUACGUCCGUCUGCAUCUCAACAAGAAGACUACAGAAAAGGUGCCAUACAGCAAACUGGCUGGUGUGUCGCUGCUGAAGCCCCUCAAGGGUGUAGACCCCAAUCUCAUAAACAAUCUGGAGACGUUUUUUGAGCUGGACUAUCCUAAGUAUGAAAUUCUUCUGUGUGUCCAAGACCAUGACGAUCCAGCCAUUGAUGUGUGUAAAAAACUGCUGGGCAAAUAUCCCAAUGUUGACGCCAGGUUAUUUAUAGGCGGUAAAAAAGUUGGCAUCAAUCCAAAAAUAAAUAACUUAAUGCCAGCUUAUGAAGGAGCAAGGUACGAACUCGUCUGGAUCUGUGACAGUGGCAUUCGAGUGAAGCCAGACACUCUGACUGAUAUGGCUAAUCAGAUGACGGAGAAGGUGGGACUGGUUCACGGCCUUCCUUACGUGGCGGACAGACAAGGAUUUGCCGCCACAUUGGAGCAGGUUUAUUUUGGAACGUCACAUCCUCGCUCCUACAUCUCGGCCAAUGUAACGGGAAUCAAGUGCGUCACGGGGAUGUCGUGUCUCAUGAGGAAGGACAUCCUGGACCAGGCCGGUGGGCUGAUUGCAUUCGCUCAGUACAUCGCUGAAGAUUACUUCAUGGCCAAGGCCAUCGCAGACAGAGGAUGGAAAUUUUCCAUGGCAACACAGGUAGCCAUGCAGAAUUCUGGCUCGUACUCCAUUGCACAAUUCCAGUCUCGCAUGAUCAGGUGGGCCAAGCUCAGAAUCAACAUGCUGCCGGCCACCAUCAUCGAGCCCAUCUCCGAGUGCUUCGUGGCCAGUCUUGUCAUCGGUUGGGCCGCCCACCAUGUUUUCCGCUGGGACAUCAUGGUGUUUUUCCUGUGCCAUUGCCUGGCCUGGUUCAUUUCGGAUUACAUCCAGCUGAGAGGAGUACAGGGCGGUCCUCCAUCCUUCUCCAAGCUGGACUACGCAGUGGCCUGGUUCAUCAGGGAGUCCAUGACAAUUCAGAUUUUCUUGUCUGCUCUUUGGGACCCCACCAUCAGCUGGAGGGCGGGACGCUACCGAUUGCGUUGCGGAGGCACGGCGGAGGAAAUCUUGGAUGUUUAAAUGGCACCGUGUGCCUCGGACUAUGCGCUGGUGUGAACAUGGACACAGAACUGCAAGAAGACGUGGGCGCAGAUGGACAAACAAACUGCAAUUUUUGUUUCAUUUGGGUUUUAUUCCAACUUCUGAUAGUUUUUAACCUGUGACUUUAGCAAAUAGAUUAUUUAUGUCCUCGGUGCUUUUUGUUUUGUUUUCCUGUGCGGUCUCUUGAUAAUCGAGACCUUGUUCUAGAUGAGCCAAAAGUUAUGAAUGGGAGAAGAACUUGGCGAGGAGGCACUUCGGCCUCAGUAACCUUGAUAAAAACGUAUCUAGUUUUUUUGUUUGUUUUUUUUUAAAAGUCCUCGCAACAUGUUUAGUGGUGGUUUAACAACUGUGUUUCGUGACAUGUCCAUUUUAUAAUGAGUUUGGAUGAGCGGUACAGUUUUUAACGAUAAUAGUGGGCCGGAAAAUGACUGAAGCCUGUUAUAAUGGCACUAGCGCAUGAAUGGAUCACUUGCUUAUCAGUGUUGCUCUCAACAUACAGCACUCUUGCCAUAUUUUAUACAUUUUGGGACUUAGCUCGAAAACGGAUCCACUCAGGUCCAUUUUAUGUUUACUGGACAGAGCAAUAUCUUCUGUAGAGGUUAUUCAUAGGGAAUUGUGGUCGAUCAAUCUUAAAACGACUUCUUUGCAUUCUCCCUGCAGUAUUCGAGCGCAAGGUUUACUCCUCACCAUGAACCCUGCAGAUUUAAACGCAUGUCUUAGUGCCAUUUGAAGAGCAAGCGGUUUUAUUUUGGCAUCUUUAACGGCUUUUCUUCAAGGUCUUCUAUCUUCCCGUGCUUCGUUCUCUGCGGUAGCCGCUCUCGUACCAGGAUCAGGGUUUGCUAAAACACAUUUCCUGCCCUGCCGCUGUUUUGUUUGAGAAGCUGUCAGUAUUUUCCUGAUGUUUGACUGGAUUUUAAAUGCAUAAUUGUCCAAACAUUUCAUCCGAUGCCAUUUCAGUUGUCCAUUAAACCAAAUUCUGGUUACGCAAUGAGUUUGAGAAGUUAAAGUUACUUGAAACAAUUUGGCAUGAGUGCAUGCAUUUACACUGAUACAUUUCAAAAUAUUAGUCGCACAGUGAGCUUUUUGGCUCUGCUCAUUUUCCAAUAACGUAUAUAUACUCUUACAGUCAAACAGUGUUCACGAAACAAUUGACAUUCUUCUCCAUCUUCCCUUUUUUUCCCGCGGUUGUUUCUUGAGGAACUGCUUGUUUCUGUUUUUGCCAGCACUUUCUGCAUUUUCCUCAUUUCUUGACUCUAUGCGUUCAUAAACCAUGGCGCUGAUGGUGAAGAACCCACGCCAGCACUGGCAGUAUUGUUUCAACCCAUAACAUUUGAUUCAGAAAUUCCAUCAGCUGCCAGUUAUGAAGUACUAAAUGCUGUUUUCACCCGAAGCCAACCCUCCAUGGUUUGUGUUUUUGUUCUGGUUUAUUAUUUCUAAUCUGAAAUUAGAGCACUUUUGGGCUGACCAUUGGAAAUAAAUUUGUGUUUUGUGCAUGAGGCCACAAAAUAAACGCCAUUUGUUUGUAACAUGGCAUUUUGAAGUAUUAACAGUUAGGGAUCAAUCAAUUAGCAAUAAUCAUAUACAUUAGGGCUGUGAAACAAAAGCAAGCUCUAUGUCCAGUUAUAAUAAACAUUUCAGAUUUUGUUGACCGUUACACAUUGAUCAUACCUCAGUGGGCCUCAUUCAUUAUACACAAACAGUUUUUGCAAAAAACAUUCUUACGUAAACUAUAUGGAAUUAGUUUGUGAAACCAUUACACUACCAGAUGUUUUUGAAAGAUGUCUCUUCUGCUCACCAAGCCUGCAAUUAUUUGAUCCAAGGUACAGAAAAAACUGUAAAAAUUUGAAAUAUUUUUACUAUUUAAAAUAACUCUUUUCUAUUUGAAUAUUUUUUAAAAUGUAAUUUAUUCCUGUGAUUCCAGAGCUGAAUUUUUAGCAUCAUUACUUAUCACAUGAUCCUUCAGAAAUCAUUCUAAUGUUCUAAUAUUUUUUUAACAUUAUAAAUGUCCUUAUCAUCACGUUUGACCAGUUUAAAACAUCCUUGCUAAAUAAAAGUAUUAAUUUCUAUCAUUUCUUUGACUCAAAACUAAAUGGUAUAGUGUAUAAUAUUACAAAACUUUUUAUUUCAGAUAAAUGAUGAUCUUUGGAUCUUUCUAUUCAUCAAAGGAACCUGAAAUGGUGGUGAUGUUUCUUGAACAGCAAAUCAGCAUAUUAGACUGAUUUCUGAAGGGUCAUGUGACUUUAGUAAUGAUGCUGAAAAUGUAGCUUUGAUCACAGGAAUAAAUUACAUUUUAAAAUAUAAUCAAAUAGAAAACAGUUAUAGUAAAAUAGUAAAAAUAUUUCACAAUUUUACUGGUUUUGCUGUACUUUAAAUCAAAUAAAUGCAGGCUUGGUGAGCAGAAGAGACUACUUUAAAAGCAUUAAAAAUCUUUUGACUGGUAGUGUACAUUGAAUAAUUCUAGUAUUGGAAUUGGUUUUACUAAAUAUUCAAUUAAAGGUUUUAUGAAUUAUUCAGUUAAGUGUGCAGAUUAUGCAAAUGAGGUUUUGUGAAUUAUUCCAAUAAUUCUUUCGUAAAUUGCUGCAUCAAUUUCAUGAAUUCUUGCAUUAAAAUAGUUGCAUUAGAUUGAACAAUUAGUUAACCAUUCUGGCAUAAAUGAUUGAACUUAGAACACUGAAUGGUUUCAGUAAAGGUCAUUACUUAAGAAUGUUUUUAUGAAUGACUGGCAAAUUCAUCUGUUUUUGAAAAAGGCCCGAUGUGUUGUAAUUCUUCACCACUGGUAAAACCGAAUGCACCUUUGCAUGAACAUGUGACUGAGGUCAAUUUGAAACACCACAACAGAAACUUUUAACAUUUUAUUUAGGGAAGGGGAAAGCUGGCUUUUUCUGCAACUGCUCUUCAAGUUCCUCUUUUUGACUUUCAACCGUGUCUGCUUAUACAUGUUAUAUAUGUGAAAUAUUGUGUCAAAAAAAAACUUCACCUCAUUUACGAAAAGUCUACAAUGCACUGUAUAUUUCCCCUUUAGACUUUUCCCCUCUUCGUGUGGCUGUGAGAGAAUGCUGCUGAGAGCGUGUUUGCAAAAAUAUUGCCUUUUUUGAUAAGUCAAUUCUGAAAGGAUUGUAUUAUCGUCACAUUCUGUGGGGAACUGGACUUUUUUUUUUUUUCCCAUAAGUGUACAGUUGUAUGUUUGUCAGAUGAACGUUUUGUGAACGACUGGUGACCUGUAUGGUGCCGUGUGGAUAUUCGAAACCGGUUGAGAAAUUCAGUCUGCAUCAACCGUAUUGGGAUGCAUUUACAGGAUCUGAAAGAAUAUGGUAGCGAGCUGCCUAGACGGUCUAAAAAUGUCUUGAGACGAAGCUAAUUUGAGUUUUAAGUGUCAUAUC